CCGCCUUCUCUGGCCGCCAGCUGCGUUAUCAGGCCCUGUCCUUGAUUCUUCUCACUCCUCCUCUUCUCGUCUCCCCUUUAAUUUCUCGCUUCCACGCGGCUUGCGCUUCUGCCUCUGAUACUGCUGCAGGACAUCACGCUUUGUGUCAAGCAUCAAUCUAUUGCGUUCCCUCUCAUCUGUCCAUCUUCACCGUCUUGACCUUUUCGGCCAAACCCCCACCAUGGAUGACAAGAAGUUCCUCGAGGCAUCGGCCAAACACCCCAUCGUCGAGAACCACGUCUACAAAUAUGGCACUGCCGGCUUUCGCAUGAAGGCCGACCUUCUGCCCGGCGUCUCGUUCCGUGUCGGCCUCAUUGCUGGCCUGCGAAGCCGCAAGCUCAACGGCCAGGCAAUUGGUGUUAUGAUCACCGCCAGCCACAACCCUGCCGCCGACAAUGGCGUCAAGAUCGUCGACCCAAUGGGCGAGAUGCUCGAACAGGACUGGGAGUCUCACGCAACGCUCCUGGUUAAUGCUCCCACGCACGAGGAGCUCCUCGAGACCUACAAGAACCUGGCCUCGCAGCUCAAGAUCGACCUGAGCUCCCCCGGCCGCGUCGUCUACGGUCGUGAUACCCGCCCCUCUGGCCACAGCCUCGCUACUGCCUUGGCUGACGCCUUGGAGGCCACCAACACCGAGUACACCGACUUCAAGAUCCUCACCACGCCCCAGCUCCACUACUUGACUCGUUGCGUCAACACCGAGGGCACCCCCAAGGCAUAUGGCGAGGUCAGCGAGGCCGGUUACUACAACAAGCUGUCAGAGGCCUUUGUCCGCGCACUGCGGGGCAGACAGAUCCAGGGCCAGCUGGUGGUCGACUGUGCCAACGGCGUGGGAGGCCCCAAGCUCACCGAGCUCCUCAAGGUCAUUCCCAAGGACAAGACUGGAUUCAACGUCAAGGUCGCCAACGACGAUGUGCUGCGCCCCGAGGUCCUCAACCUUGAUUGUGGUGCCGACUUUGUCAAGACGAAGCAGCGAGCUCCCCCGAAUGUCAAGCCCGCCGCCGAUACCCGAUUCUGCUCACUCGAUGGCGACGCAGACCGUCUGAUUUACUACAUGGCCGACCCCGAGGCCGGCUUCUUUAUGCUUGACGGAGAUCGCAUCUCGUCUCUGAACGCCUCCUUCAUCGGCGAUCUUGUCCGCUCUGCUGGUCUGGAGGAGGAUAUCCGAAUUGGAGUCGUCCAGACCGCCUACGCGAACGGCGCAAGCACUACAUACAUCGAAAAGAACCUGCAGCUCCCUGUUGUCUUCACCCCCACUGGUGUCAAGCACCUGCACCAUGCUGCCUGCCAGUUCGACAUCGGUGUCUAUUUCGAGGCUAAUGGUCAUGGAACCGUUGUUUUCUCUCAGGAGGCUCUUCGCGUUUUCCGAGAGAAGCAGCCCCAGUCACCGGCUCAGAAGGAUGCUCUUGAGACACUGGCUGCUGUCGGCGAUCUCAUCAACCAGACGGUUGGCGAUGCCAUCUCAGACAUGCUCAUGGUAGAGGUCAUUCUUGCCCACAAGGGAUGGUCCCUUCAGGACUGGGCCACUACAUACACCGACCUGCCCAACCGCCUUGUCCGUGUCGAGGUCGCCAACAAGGACAUCUUCGAGGCCACCGACGCUGAGCGACGCCUUAGCCACCCUCCUGGUGCCCAGGACGAGAUCGACCAGUGCGUUAGGAAAUAUACUACGGCUCGCUCCUUUGCUCGCGCCAGCGGCACUGAAAACGCCUGCCGUGUGUAUGCUGAGGCUGCCACUCGCCACGAGGCCGAUGAGCUGGCCAACAAGGUGGCCAACAUCAUCAAGCAGUUCGGCUCAUAGUUACCAUAUGAGAACCCAAUAUAUACAUGGGAGAGAAAGACAGUAAAAAGAAAGAAAGAAAGAAAGAAAGAAAGAAAGAAAAAAAAAAAUCAAUAUACCAAAUUUUAUGAAAGGCCAAAAGGAAGAAGCCGUAUCAUGUUUUUUUUUUUUUUUCAAAAAGCUAUUAUGAUGACUGGCAAACUACACAGGGAAAAAACAGUUGACGAAUUUGAAUGAUCGUUACGAAUUACUGGGACGGCACUGCUGGAAUAAAGAAUUUGCAAGAUUUUACAAAAUAAAAGGCGAUUGAUAGAAUUCGCGCAACUCUGACAUAGAUGUCCAUAUACCUAGGUAGUUACCAGUAUUAGGGAGAAUGCCUACUAGUAAAUUAGCAACGGCUGAGAAGAAAUUCAAAAAAAAAUAUACAUCCAAAAAGAGUAAGAGCUACUUAGUCCGCCA